AUGUUCCGCUCGCCCUCCUCCCUCCGCUCGCUCCUCCACCUCUCCCUCCGCCGCCUCCUCCCCACGAACCCUCGCCUCCCCUGCCCCCUGAACCCUCGCCUCCCCAGCUCCCCGCUCUCCGCCCGCCCGCGCUUCCUGUCCUCUUCAACCUCGCCUACACCUGGCGGCGCAGGAUGGGCCACCUACGACCCGCUCACCGACAGCCUCAGCGCCUCCGCGGCGCUCCCUUCCGCCUCCGCCUCCGAUUCCGAGGCCCCCGCUGUGUCGGAUGCCUGGGGCGUCUACGACCCCGCCUCGGGCCGCAUCGUCAAGCAGGGGUCCCCACCUCCUUCGUCGUCGACCACCGUGGAGGAGAAGGACGAGGAGAAGGAUGAAGAGGAGCAGGAGGACGAGGAGGGGGAAGAGACGGGAGAGCUCCAGGACGAGGAGGAGGCGGGCGUAAAGGAGAAGGGGAAGAAGCAGGCGAGCGCGCUCCGCGGGAACCACCAGGUCAAGUGGUCGUCGGUGGCGGCGGCGCGGAGGCCCGCGGCAACUGCGGGGAGGGCGAUUCACAGUGGUGGGGCAAAUUGCCGCCACUGCAAUGCGAUUGGGACCGUGGACAAGUACGUCCCAGGGCCUGACGGCGAUGGUGCCGCUGUGGAGGGGUCGCACCACAUCGGCCGAUCGUGGAUUCCUCAGAAGGCCAAGGAGAUGGUGCCGCAGAGCCUUCAGGAGGUGAACAAGGGGGUCGACCAGGCACAGUGGCGCAUACCCCUGUGGGGGAGUUUCGGGAUGGAGAUCUCUCAAGUGCUUGGUGGUGGCAUUGUUCCUGGAUCCUUGAUUUUAGUCGGUGGGGAUCCAGGUGUUGGCAAAAGUUCAUUGAUGUUACAGCUUGCUUCGAAUAUAUUGGAGGGUUUCAAGGCCAAGGAGUCUUCUCCUGUUGUAUAUGUGUCUGGUGAGGAGAGUAUUGAGCAAAUUGGAAACAGGGCUGACCGGAUGAGUAUCACGUCUAGCAACUUGUACCUCUACUCUGGUACGGAUAUUGAGGAUAUCUUGGACAAAAUCCAACCACUCUCUCCAAAAGCUCUUAUUAUCGAUCAAUUCAAACAGUUUAUGUCAGAUCAUUUGCUGGAAGUGCUGGUUAAAGAAUGCACCUCUGCCUUGUUACGAUUUGCAAAGCUGACUAAUAUCCCUGUUUUCUUGAUUGGACAUGUUACGAAAACUGGUGAUAUUGCUGGUCCUCGCCUCUUAGAGCACAUAGUGGAUGUUGUUCUUUAUAUGGAGGGAGAGAGGUGCUUAUCCCAUCGAUUGUUGCGGUCAGUGAAGAACCGUUUUGGUUCAACCGAUGAGCUUGGUGUAUUUGAGAUGGCCGAAUUUGGUCUGCAAGCUGUUCUGAAUCCAAGCCAGAUGUUCUUAACUGAGCAUGACUCUGAUUCUGAAAUUCUGGCUGGGCUUGCUGUAGCUGUUAUUUUAGAUGGAUCUAGGACCUUUGCUCUUGAAGUUCAGGCAUUGUGUGUUUCCGGUUCUCAUCGUUCUGGACAAGUAGUUGGCAUACCAUCAAGCAGGGCUGAUGUCAUAAUCUCUGUUCUUAUGAAGCAAGCAGGCCUACAACUUCAGGAUACUACUAUUUUUUUGAAUGUUGUGAGUGGCUUCAAGUUGACUGAGACUGCAGGAGAUUUGGCCAUAGCAGCUUCAAUUUGCAGCAGUUUCUUGGAAUUUCCUAUCCCAAAUGAUGUUGCAUUUAUUGGAGAGGUCGGCCUCGGUGGUGAACUUAGAGCUGUGCCAAGAAUGGACAGGCGGGUGAUGGCUAUUGCAAAGCUGGGAUACAAGAAAUGUGUCGUUCCCAAAACCUCCGAGAAGUUGCUCAGACCACUUGAUCUUGACAUCGAGAUCUUGCCCUGCAGCAACCUGAAGCAGGUUAUAAACACCGUGUUUACGACCCAAGCCAGGCAACGAAAAUCGAGUGCCUUACCCAGCGCCGACUCACCGCGCCGCCGCCGGAGCCCUCUGCACCGCCGCGAUGCUGCACCUCCGAAACCACCUCCUCUGCUCCGCGCCGCGUCCCCGCUGCUCUCUCCCAUCCACCACCACCGCGCGUGCCUCCUCUCCGCCUCCGCGGCCGCCCCCUUCUCCCUCGAGGACUACCUCGUGGCCGCCUGCGGCCUCAGCCCAACGCAAGCCCGCAAGGCGUCCAAGCAAGCGUUCCAAGAGGCAUCCAGAGAAGCCGGGAAACCAUUCGAGGAGCUUUGCUACUCCCACCUCCACACUGCCUCCAAUCCCGACGCCGUCCUCGCCCUGCUCUCCCGCGGCGGCCUCUCCCGCGCCGACAUCGCCGCCGUCGUCGCCGCGGACCCGCUGAUCCUCCGCUCCUGUGUAAACAAGAUCGGGCCCCGCCUCCUCGCUCUCCGUGACCGCAUCGGCCUGUCCGCUCCGCAUAUCUCCCGCUUCCUCUUGGUUGGCUCCCGGGCGCUCCGUUCCGGCGACGUCUGUCCCAACCUCGAGUUCUUGAUCUCCUCCUUCGGCUUGAUCGAGCCGGUCCUAGCCGUCAUGAAGGGGAACAAGAGCAUCCUAGAAAUGGACCUUGAUAGGAGGAUGAAACCUAACAUCGCGCAGUUUCGCCAAGCGCGUCAAGGGUUUCCUGCUGCGCGCAGAAGACCUUGGGGUGUCCCGCCGAUCGCCCAGAACCCCAUGUUCAAGCACAUGGUACCAGCGAUGGCCCGUUCCAACAAAGAGAAGAAUGCUGCCACGCUCGAGUUUCUGAAGAGGAGUCUUGGUUGCUCUGAGAGCGAAGCUGCCUUUGUUGUGUCCAAGAUGCCAAGCAUUCUAGGACUAUCUGAUGAGUCCCUUCUCCUCAAGAUUCAGUUCUUGAUCAACGAGGUUGGACUGGAGCCGCAGGACAUUCUGCAAAGGCCGUCCCUGCUCACAUACAGCCUGGAGAAGCGGCUAGUGCCCCGAUAUUGUGUCAUGAAGAUCCUACUGGCGAAGGGACUGAUGAAUAGCAAUUUUCGCACAUUAGCCCAAGUUGGAGAGAAGAAAUUCAGAUUGAAGUUCAUCGACCGUCACAAGGACUCUGUUUCUGGGCUAGCACAUGCUUAUGCCACAGCUCGUGCUGGCCUUGUGCCCUCUGGAGUCUAA